AAUAGUAGGCAUGGAGGCAGAAAAUCUCAAACUAAUAUGUCCCCAGCUAUAUUACUAUAUUGUUGUAUGCUCUGACUCUGCUGUAAGACAUUUGUGUUGAGAUUUUUGGAGACUUUUGCACAAAUUUCGUUCUUGGCCAUAUUGCUGAGGCAGAAAAGGACAUUGUUGAGUCCCACAGGUCUUUCUCCAGGGAGCCUCUCUUCAUCUCAGCCAUCAUGUCUGAUAAGCCCAGGGUGUAUCAGGGCGUCCGCGUGAAGACCACAGUCAAAGAGCUGCUGCAGAGGCAUCGAGCCCGAGAGGCCAACAGCAAGAAAGUUAAAACGACAUCCCAGGCUUGCUUUGAUCUCCCGGAUCUAUGCCCGUCCCCUUUUCCAAAUCGCUAUGUGGACCCUCCCCCUGCCGUUCCGCUUGCGGCCGACUCGAACAGCUGUGCUGCACGAUCCAUCCAGCUGCGCACCGCCUCGUUCCCUUUCCCUGACAGCUCCUGCAACAUCCAGAUGCAAGAAAGCACAUUUGACGACAUCCAGCAGCAGCUUGGAGACAUGAUGUUGCCCAGCAACGGAUUCAAUGUCAGCAACAACAACCACAGCAGCACCGUCGGUGGCGGCGGCUGCUCCGCUUCCCUGCCUCCCCUGUCCACCCUGCCGCUGCCCUGGUGCCAUGGACUCUCCUCUGAUGCGGACUACUAUGGCCAGGAGAUGGCUCCCUGCUCCUCCCCGGAGUACCUGAAGCACUGCAACCCCAUGGAUCCAAACAGCUACUCGCCACAGGACUCCUUCUCCUCCUCCUCCUCCUCCUGUUACGACUCGCCCACGAGGAUGGAGUCCAGCUACCACGGCGGCUUCGCCUCAGAGCACUACCACUAUCAGAACUGCAACCUCCAGGACUGUUACUGCCUGCCCCACUGCUGGCCCAGUCAGCAGGAGAGCUUCUCUGCCCCUGAGUAUGUGCCUCACUACAACCCGACAGACUAUCCCUACGCCUGUCCUGCCGAGGAGAGCUACUUAAGGAGGGAUCUGCAGAUGAGCUCGGAAAUGUGUUACAAUGUUCUAUGAUGAGACCUGCAGCAGUAUUGCUUUUUUUGUCUCUGGACUGUAAAUAUGAAUCCCUUCAGUAAGCUUGAUGGUCUGCUUUGCAUUUCAAUGUGUGUGUGUGUGUGUGUGUGUGUGUGUGUGUGUGUGUGUGUGUGUGUGUGUGUGUGUGUGUGUGUGUGUGUGUGUGUGUGUGUGUGUGUGUGUGUGUGUGUGUGUGUGUAUGCUCUGACUGACAGUUCCCUUCGUGGAAUAUGAUGAUUGAAUGCAUGGCGAAAAAAAUAACGAUAUUUUUGUAUGAACUACUUUUUUAGUACUCAGAUUUAUUUUCUUACAUUUCUUACACAAAUUGUUUCUGUUCUAAAUAAAUAUGUGCUUAAUUUAC